AUGGCGGAAUCAUAUCCCACGCUCCCGCAAUGCGCGGCUGUAGCGACAGCACUCAAAGUUCUCCUCUGGCCUGCAUACAAAUCAACGGAUUUCGAGGUUCAUAGAAACUGGCUGGCUAUCACGAACUCUUUACCAUUGAAGCAAUGGUACUUUGAAGACACCUCAGAGUGGACACUCGACUAUCCGCCCUUUUUCGCCUACUUCGAACGGACCAUGUCACAAGUAGCUCGAUUGUUCGAUGCAGAUAUGCUACAGGUCAAGAACCUGGGUUAUAGCAGCUGGCAGACAGUCUACUUUCAACGAGCAUCGGUCCUCGUUACCGAGCUUGUCCUGAURUACGCCUUAAGCCUAUACAUCAACUCUGCACCACUGGGCUCCAAGAAGCAAUCACACGCGGCCGCUCUCUCCAUCCUCCUCUCGCCUGGCUUGCUGAUCAUUGACCACAUUCACUUUCAAUACAACGGCUUCCUCUACGGAGUUUUGAUCAUCUCGAUUGUCCUUGCUCGGUACCAGAAAGGUGGAUUACUGUUUGGCGGCAUCCUUUUCGCAGCUCUACUCUGCCUGAAGCACAUCUACCUUUACCUGGCACCUGCGUACUUUGUUUUCCUACUGCGCAAAUACUGCCUCGGACCGCGCUCGAUCUUUGAUAUCCAACUGUUCAAUUGCAUCAAGCUUGGUCUUGGGAUCGUCGUGGUCGGAGCGCUGGCAUUCGGUCCAUUUUACGAUCAAAUACCGCAAGUGAUCAGCAGGUUGUUUCCCUUUUCAAGAGGACUCUGUCAUGCGUACUGGGCGCCAAAUAUCUGGGCCAUGUACUCCUUCAGCGAUAGAGUACUGAUAUACCUUGCGCCAUACCUGAAAGUGCCAGUCAACGCAGAUGCCGUGMAGAGUGUCACUCGCGGUUUGGUGGGAGACACUUCAUUCGCUGUCCUUCCCAACAUUUCACCGCGAAUGACAUUCGUCCUGACACUCUCUGCCCAAAUCCCCGCCCUGAUCAAGCUCUUCCUGCGCCCAACCUGGAUAAACUUCGUCUCGACCUUGACACUUUGCGGCUACGCAUCUUUCCUCUUCGGCUGGCACGUACACGAAAAGGCCAUUCUGCUCGUCAUCAUUCCCUUCAGCCUUAUCGCGUUGAAGAAUCGUCGGUACUUGGGCGCCUUCCGCCCACUUGCUGUCGCCGGUCACGUGAGCUUGUUUCCUUUACUGUUCACAGCGAUGGAGUCUCCGGUCAAGAUUGUAUAUACCAWCCUGUGGCUCGUGGCUUUCAUGGUCGGAUUCGAUCGUUUAGCACCCGCUUCUGAGAAACCAAGAGUCUUUCUAUUCGACCGCUUUUCACUGUUGUAUAUUGCGAUCGCGAUACCGCUGAUUGCAUAUUGCUCGCUAUUACAUCAGGCGGUGUUUGGAGAGAAGUUCGAGUUCCUGCCGUUGAUGUUCAUCAGUUCGUAUUCCGCCAUUGGUGUCGUUGCAAGCUGGCUCGGGUUCUUGGUGGUGUUCUUUACGGAAUAG